AAAUGAAGGGCACGAGGUUCAAGUGCGUCAGACGUUGGAGUUGGAGUCUUGGAACGCCCAACUCAGCUCUGUCUUGUUUUGUCUUUCUACCAUGUCUAGCGCAGGGGCAAAGGCUGUCUUUGUUACAUGCCUCGUUAUCAACGCAGUUCUGUGGUCACAGAGCCGAUAUGGCCAGUCUUACCAAGACCAGUCUCUGCAGUCCCUGUGGAAGCGGAAUGGCCCAACGCUGACGACAACUACAGAGAAGAACUGCUCUCCUCUAUCCUAUUCGGACCUUUCGUUACAAUGUGCACAUGUUAUCGAGUCAUGUCCGUCGCCUGAGACGUUCCUAAGCAUUCCGUACUUGUCCCACUACUUCUGCGCUCCCCCACCCUUCCGACCUCUGAUUUUCGCUGGAUUGGUCAUCUGGCUCCUGUUUCUAUUCAGCACACUUGGAAUAUCUGCAUCUGAUUUCUUCACUCCAAACUUGGCGACCAUUGCAACCUUCCUAGGUCUCGAUGAAAACGUUGCUGGUGUCACCUUUCUCGCAUUCGGAAAUGCCUCCCCGGAUGUGUUCAGCACUUUCUCCGCUAUGCGUGCAAACUCAGGAAGUCUUGCCAUCGGAGAGCUGCUUGGAGCUGCCUCGUUUAUAGUAAGCGUCGUGGCAGGCAGCAUGUGCAUCAUCAAGCCAUUUAAGGUUGACCGAACCCCAUUCCUAAGGGACGUCGGCUUCCUCACCCUUUCUGUCGUUGCGCUGCUCGUGAUACUCCACGAUGGCGACAUCAGAGCGGGAGAGUGCGCAUCGUUGGUAGCCAUGUACGUGUGUUAUGCCGUAAUUGUCGUCGUGGGGAGCUGGUGGGAGCGGCGGCGCGAUCGAAGGGAGAAGCUUGAAGCCCUCAUUCGAGCAGAAUACGGCGAGGAUGAAACUAUAGUAGAACCAUAUCAAGAUGUAGUUGCCCCUCCCACCAAUACGCUUACCGUGCCUCUCUCGCCACCGACACGACACCGGGCAUCGUCGUGUCCCCAACCCCCACGACUUGCACUCCCAACACCUUCACAAACUCGCGCACUAUCAUCCUCUUUCCAUGCACAGCCCCCUAGCAGGGAGCGUACUCCCUCGCCCCUGAGUUCACCCCACCUCUCACAGAUGCCGUCCUUCUCGCUGGUCGGGGCGCUCGAAUUCAGGCAGGUGGUGGCAAGCCUUCAGGCGCACGCCACUUCCAGCAGCUUGUCCAUCUUCGACAGUCCCAUCACCCCCUACGCGGGUGGCCACUACCACCGACGUGGUGGGAGCCAUGCAAGCCGUACUCCAUUGAGCGAGGAGGACCCCUGGGACGCAACGUUAGGAGGACUGCCUCUGAACGAACGCAGUCCGAGGCUGCUUGUGAAUGAUAUCAUCUCAGAGGGUCAUGAGCCAUCGCAAUCAUCGUCAGCGAUCGACGUGCAAGUACACGCUUCUACUUCAAUAUCACCCAUUCCAUCCAUUUCGCACACCCCUGCAUCACCAACGGACACCGCGUCCACUACGACGACAGAAGUGGAGCCGUACGUUCCUCCCUCGAAACUCAAGCGUGCAUGGCGGGUCGUGAAAAAGACGUAUUACAUCCUUUUCCCUGCGCUGCAUCACUUCAGAGAAAAGAAUGCACUAGGGAAAAUAGCGAGUCUGCUUGCCGCGCCUGCGGUAAUGGCGCUCACGUUGACUCUACCUGUGGUCGUGCGCCAUCAUAAUGCCGGGGAAGAUGGCCGGUUGAUGGACUUUGAGGAAGACGGCAUCGAACGUGCGUUGAUUGCGGAGGAAGUGAUGCAGCAGGAUCUCCACGAGAUCGAGUUUAAUAAAUGGCUGAUGGCUGCACAAUGUGUCCUAGGCCCUUUAUUUUGUUUAGGGGUGUUAUUCCAUGAUGCGGAUCACUUGAUGUUCCUUGCGUUAGGAACAGCUGUGUGUGGACUUGCGGUUGCUGCGCUUGUGCUCGUGUUUGCGGAUGGUAGAAACCACCCUACCGCACGUAUGGCUCGGUGUAGUAUGGGUUUCUUGGUUGCGAUCGCAUGGAUCAUGGCAAUCGCUGAUGAGGCUGUCAAUGUGUUGCAGACAUUCGGUUUCAUCUUUGGACUCUCGGAUGCCAUAAUUGGCUUGACGAUCUUCGCAGUAGGCAACUCCCUCGCGGAUCUCGUAGCAAACAUGAGCGUAGCUGUCUUCGCCCCAAUCAUGGGCUUCUCAGCAUGCUUCGGCGGGCCCAUGGUCAACAUUCUUCUUGGAGUCGGCAUCUCUGGCUCCUAUGUGAUUUCACAAGCUGGUGGCGAGCCAUACCCACUACAUUUGGCACCUACGCUCAUAAGCAGUAUACUUGGCUUGCUGACACUGCUCAUUGCAACGCUGGUAAUCGUCCCGCUGAACGGGUACGUACUGACUCGCACGUGGGGAUUCUGUUUAGUUGGCGCGUAUUUCGCGGUCAUGGGAAUGAAUAUAUGGGUGGAGCUGGUGUGGUAGAUGACUAAUGGAUGGUAAGAGGAUCCAUAUACUUGGAGUUUGAUUCUGACAGUCGGUAUUUGGGACUUAGUGUUGAACGUGUUAACUUAAAUCUAUACCUGCAUAUGAUGUCGCAGUGCUUUGAUAGCCGCUAACUCUGCAUGAUGUAUCCAUACGUUCAAAUUGUCGAUGUAGUAUCCAGGAAUGGUUUUAACAAUCAUGCUCACGGCCUUAUCUGCUUCAUAGUAUCCAUGGAGCGUGGACAGACAGAUCGUCUUGUAUGAAUGCCUUGUAGUCCUCUUUGAACACGUCAAUCACCU